CCGCCCCAUCCCGCUGCUCUGCAACUCGGCUGUGCGUGCGAGGGACGUCGGGGGCGGCGCCGCAGCAGUUACCCCUGGUAACGGGGGAGGCAGGAAGGAGGAGGAGGAGGAGGAGGCGGAGGAGGAGGAGGAGGAGGGACUCGGCUUGAGGAUGGGCUUGCUCUCCAUUUUGCGAAAAUUGAAAAGUGCUCCAGACCAGGAGGUGCGAAUCCUUCUCCUGGGCUUGGAUAAUGCUGGCAAGACUACUCUGCUGAAGCAGCUUGCAUCUGAAGACAUCAGCCACAUCACACCCACACAGGGUUUUAACAUCAAGAGUGUACAGUCACAAGGUUUUAAAUUGAAUGUAUGGGACAUUGGUGGACAGAGGAAAAUCAGACCUUACUGGAGGAGUUACUUUGAAAAUACUGAUAUUCUUAUAUAUGUAAUUGACAGUGCAGACAGAAAAAGAUUUGAAGAGACGGGUCAGGAACUCACUGAAUUACUGGAGGAAGAAAAGCUAAGCUGUGUGCCAGUGCUCAUCUUUGCUAAUAAGCAGGAUCUGCUGACAGCAGCCCCGGCCUCUGAGAUUGCUGAAGGACUGAACCUCCACACCAUCCGGGACCGAGUCUGGCAGAUCCAGUCCUGCUCAGCUCUCACAGGGGAGGGCAUUCAGGAUGGCAUGAACUGGGUCUGCAAAAAUGUCAAUGCAAAGAAGAAAUAAAAUCUGGCCGAAUGGAGACAGGAGCUGUGGGAGCUGAAUUCGGCCCUGAAAAACACUGAUUUGCUGCUUUCUGACCAAAUGUUUUUCCAUCUGUGUAGAGCUACAGCUGUUUGAAGAGCGGACACAACACAGUUUAGAAAGAAUCCCCAUUCCAGCAGAUUUUAACUGAUCUUGGAGGUUCAGUAUCAUUUUUCAAAUAAAGGAAUUAUAUUAUUUCCUCUGCAUAACUGAAAUAGUAUUAAAUGUCUCAAAGCACAUGACUAGAAAAUGAGAUCUUUUAAAUGAGCAAGAGAUUGCAUUGCAGUUUAGACAAUUCCAGUGGGUUUUUUUUUUUUUUUUCCUUAAAAAAAGGGAAGAAAAAGAGGACGAAGCUGUUUGUGCUGAGUUCAUUUAUUUACUGACCUGUCCCUUCACUCCUCAGUGGUUGGAAACCACAGACUAUAUUUGCUGGUGCUGGUCAGAUUUUUUUUUCCCCCAUUCCUAACUGAACCAGGGCUUUGGUCUAUCCAGCAGGAAGCUGCUGGGGAGGGAAGGGAUAGCAGAUGAUUAAACCAUCUUGUCAUGCAGGUAAGAGACUGUAUGUAAUCCUCAUUCUUUGGACAGAAAAAAAAAAAAAAAAAAAAUCCAUCCUUGAAAGCAAGUCACUACAGAAACAUAGCUGCACUCCAGGCCCCCUAGCCAGCCACGCAGGGAAGCAAAUUCUUAAGACUUUUGACUGUAAUGACAUCUGGAAUGUAAGGAGAGGUGGGAGGUUUAAUUCCAGAAAAAUUACAAGGUCCUUAAAAAGCCCUCACAUCGAGGGCUCAGGCUAGCGUAAACAGGCUUUCUCCAGUUCAGUGGAGCAGGGAGCAGCCGACUCUGAGAUUAGCUGACUUCUCCACUGCAGUCCUAUAGAAAGGAUUUCUAAAGCUCAAAGAAUUCUGUGUUUAAAUGAUCACAAUAGGCUGUUGCUAUCAGAUUUUUAAAAUAAACGCAGCUUUGCCAUGAACCUGCUCCACUGAGAAAAGCCAGGCAGAUCAAUUUUGAAGAAAGAUCAAUUUUUACAGUGCUGGCAACUAGGUGGUGUGGGAUGCUCAUGGGUGGAAAGCGUUUGCUGCUGGUUGAGCCCAGGGUGUGAUAGCAGGGGCCUUGCCCAGGGAAGCCAUUGUCACCCCAUGCUGAUCUCUUAUGCCUCUUUCCAGCAAAAUGUGUCCUCUGUUGAUUGAUGGGGAGGAAUGACCAAAGCCUUCUCCUUCCCCAGUUGCAAAAGGAGCCUUCAGAGAGCCCAGCCUCAAACCCCGAAAGCAGGCUAGAGCAUCGCCGCUCCUGAAUUGAACUCUGUUCUGGGCAUAAGCUCAGUCAGGGCUUUUCAGAGAAUGAAUAAGAGACUGUCCAAUGCCUUGUAGGUCCAGGGAGGCCAGCUGCCUUUUCAUCCUGGGAGGUGGCCCUUUCCAAGCCCACCAAGGCAUGUGAACAGGCAGAAAGGACAACUUUUUCUGGACAAGACUCUGGCUGGAGAGGCAGCAGCCUGGCUAGUUUGAAAGGUGGCCUGGGGCAAAAGCCAUUAACAAAGCUAACAUGGGGGAAAAGGUACCCUAGGGUUUCUGUGGACAGACCUGUAAGGGCUUGCAGGACAAAAGAAGGCGAGGUUUUUAAACUGCUGAGAUAGUUGCUCCCAGCAACAGCUUUCACUGACUUCUUGGCUCACCCAAACUACACUUGCUUUGAAUGGUGGCAAAACAGAGCUAUAAGGACAGAGUUAUAAUGCCCCUUCUCCAGUCUGAAAAUGUGGCUUUAGCUCUUGAAAAUUGUUUUUCCUUCUAAAUAGUGUACCGGGAAGUUAUCUGAAGAACCAAAUACUUGCUUUGAGGGCUGCACUUUUGGAAUGCUGUAGCAGGGAACUUUGACUGGCAGUGCAUGAGCUGUAAAAUAUUUUUGGUCUCUUACCACCAACACCAGGAACUAUUCUAAAGAGCCCUCCCCAGGCCCCAGCUAGCAGGCAGAGCCACUUGCCCUGCUUUGAGCAGCCUCUGUAAAUGUCCACAUUUGCUUUUCAACUAGAGACACGAGAUGCUGUGGAUGUCACACGUUUUCAUCUUCCUUGUGAGCCCUGUUGAACCCUCCUCCAGGGGCUCCUAGGGUAGAUGAGUGGAGCCUAAAAAAUGCAGAGUUUGAAAGCUCCCAUUUGUAAAAACAAAAUACUUGUAAAGUCCCCUUUUCUCUCUACAGUGCCAUUCCUGCCCCCUGUGGCCAGGACCAGGGGACAGAGUCUGAAGCUAGAAAGGGGAUGCCUCCCACUUUCUGUGCCUCCCCCACUCUAGUGAGCCCUGCUAAGACUUUUGCUCUGUGCACCAUUGUAUCUCAAUAUGCAGGGGGAGAGUACUGAGGCCAGAGGGCAAGCUAAACCAGAAGUGUGAGCUCAAACCAGUUGUGGGAAAAACUGAGCCCUCCUCCCACCCGCCCUGUGCCGCUGCUUUUGGCUGGAUUCCCUGCGCCCAGUGCAAUACACCCUUUCCCCUUUGCGCUCCCUUGGUUACUAUGGAAACAAGGGUGUCAUUGAUGUGGGCUGAGCUGGGGAACAUGUCGGUGCACAGCUGAAAGUCAGCGAUUAUACUGGCGGUUAGCUCUGUGCCGGGUAGAGAAGUCCUCAGCAGCCAGAGAUGCUGUAGAAGGAUAAGUCCUGAUGCCGAUCUCUCUCUCCUCCUCCAUCUCCACUCUUCUCUCCCCUGGCUUUGACGAUUUCUUUAUUCCCCUCUGGACUAAAGUCGUGGCUAUUUUUAUGCCACUCUGUGCCCCACCAGCACUGUUGGCCGCUCCUUAUCCGGCCAGGCCUGGAGGGUGACACCAUGUCACCCUCACCAGGACUCAGUCUCCAUUCCCAUCCACAGUGUGCUUUGAUUUCUCUUUCCUCUACUUCUUGGGGGUGCCUCUUCCUUUUAUUUUUAGCUCUGCUCUCCAUGUGGUUUCAGGGUUCAGUGUGAUCCAUCCAAAGCUUCUUUUUUUAUAGUCCCUUUUGAAAAUGAUAAUCAAAGGAAGGGAUGUGGUGUUUGGUCAUGUGGAAAGCUCAAUGUAUAAUUUAGACAUCUAUCAAAAAUGCAACAAAUAAAAUGUAGCUGAAAUGAAGGUA